AUGAUGCAAAAAUUAAAUGCAGUAUUUAACUUUAUUUCGGCGCUGGGAGAGUUUAAACGGCGAUUUUUAUUUGGAAAUCUCUGUCGUUUGUCUGAUAAGUUCAAAGUUCAAUUAUCGUGGCAUUUUUCCGCAACAGCCCACGGCAAGGGUGUCGUCGACGGCAUCGGGAGGACAAUUAAACGUUUGGUUUAUUUAGCAAUAUUAAGUGGACAAAGUUGUGAUUUAGCAGCUGAUUUCGUUCGUAUUGGUCAAACAAAAACAACAGCGAUUGAACUCAUUGAAAUGGAACAAUAUCGAAUCAAUCAUUCGAAAGCACAAUUGGAAGGUUUUUUCAGUCACUUAAAUCAGUACCAGAAACAAAGAAAAUACAUUCUGUCAAAGCACUAG